AUGAGCUGGAUCAUCAAGAGCAACUUGCCUCUUCAUUUUUGCGAGGACGCAGAAACACGCAGAUACACUAAUCUAGAUCGCAUCAGCCAAGAGACGCUGUACCACGGGUUAGAGAGAUCGACGCGUCACGUAGAGGCGGCAAUCAAGGCCGACAUGCCGAAGCGGUACGGCUUGAUAAUCGACGGGUGGGCGUUUAACUCAGAGCACUAUCUGGCCGUGUUCGUCGGCUUUGAAAAGGCGGGAACAGUACAAUACCCGCUGCUGACCAUGGCACCGCUGAUGAACUCCCCGAUGGAUGACCGCUCCGCAGCGACCCACCUGACGUUUCUACGUGAGAUACUGUUGUGCGACUACAACAAGCGUGUAGAGGACUGUCUGUUUAUUGUAGGAGAAAACUGCUACACUGACCAGCGCCUUGCUAACCUCUUGGGUGUGCCACUGCUCAAAACUCCAUUGAGGCCCAUGCUAAGUCAGGACACUCACUGGAGCUCCACGUAUUAUAUGAUCCACCGCUACUUUCGACUGCUGGAGUUCAUUAAAGACGACGACGAGCUAGCCGACAACCUGCCCGGUCCAGCUGCCAAUCGCCGCUUGCGCAAGUUCCUGGAGGUCCUGUCGAAGGUCGAGUCUGUCAGCAAGGGGUUGCAGGCUUCUACGUCGCUGGCAUCACAUAUCGGUGCCCGAGCUGCGAUUGUUCACUCGCCUCAUUUUGAGACUGCGUGUGUAAAAGUAUUGGACGGCAAGACAGCAGAACUGACGAGUGCCGAGACUGUGUUUCUGCGCCGCUUUGCCGUCCAGCGUGAAGAGACUUCCGUUGCAGCAGCGAUUGACGAUGCGGAGAGCUCAUUUGUUGAGCAGGUGAAGAAGCGUCGUAAGCUAGCCACAAGUGGGGCCACCAAGUACGAGUUGAUUCACGCACUCCUGCCAACGUCAAAUAUCGUUGAGCGAUUUUUUAGACUCGCCAAGGCUACUGUCGGUACGCAGCGCCAAGGUCUGAAUCCUAUCACGCUCGAAAUGCUGCCGUUUUUGCGCGUGAACAGCACCUACUGGAACGCGCAAGUGGCCAACGAGCGCAUGUAA